AUGGUUUCCACCCCAUACCUUACGGACGCCUUCACUCACCCACCGAACUACUCUUUUCCCCACAACAGGCUAUCCCGCGUUCUUCGUGAUCCCCAAAAAACGCCUGUCGUCCUCGUCGCAUGUGGUUCAUUCAGCCCAGUCACCUAUCUCCAUCUUCGUAUGUUUGAGAUGGCGAAGGACUAUGUUAGACACAACACCGACUUUGAGAUCGUUGGUGGUUAUCUCAGUCCUGUCUCCGACAUGUACAAGAAACCAGGUUUGCUCAGUGCAAGACACCGGGUGAACAUGUGUACCCUGGCCUCAGAAGACUCAACAACUUUCCUGAUGGUGGAUCCAUGGGAAGCUUUCCAAUCUUAUCAACGCACCGCCAUAGUCUUGGACCACUUUGAUCACGAAAUAAACACCGUCUUGGGGGGCGUGCAUACAGAGGACGGCGAACAUCGCAAUGUUCGCGUCAUGCUCUUGGCCGGUUCAGAUCUCAUUAGCACCAUGAGUGAACCAGGCGUUUGGAGUUAUUCUGAUCUUGAACACAUUCUGGGUCGUUAUGGUACCUUUAUUGUUGAACGUGCAGGUUCGGCAAUAGACCAAGCAACCGACUCACUUGCCCGCUGGCGGAGCAAUAUAUAUCUUAUUUCUCAAUUAAUCCAGAAUGAUGUUUCUAGCACCAAAGUGCGCCUGUUCUUGAGAAGAGGCCUUUCUGUUCGAUACCUGCUGCCCAACUCCGUGGUCGAUUACAUUGAACAGAAUGGGUUGUACCUGGAUGAUGUAACAAGUUCGCCCAUAAAUUCGAACCUCGAAAAGGGCAAAGAUAGAGACGUGGCCGGUGGGUCGCAAAAGAAGGACGUGCAACAAAUAUGUUGA